AUGGCCAAGACUUGCUUCAAGACCGAGCACCCCCUGGAAAGGAGGCAAGCUGAAUCUGCUAGGAUCCGUGAGAAGUAUGCUGACAGAAUUCCGGUGAUCGUUGAGAAGGCUGAUAAGUCUGAUGUCCCGGAAAUUGAUAAGAAGAAGUACCUUGUCCCUGCCGACCUCACUGUUGGCCAGUUUGUCUACGUGGUGCGGAAGAGGAUCAAGCUGAGCCCAGAAAAGGCCAUCUUCGUCUUUGUGAAUAGCACCUUGCCACCGACUGCUUCGUUGAUGUCAGCGAUCUAUGAAGAAAACAAGGACGAGGACGGCUUCCUGUACAUGACUUACAGUGGCGAGAACACUUUCGGCUCUGCCUAA